AAAUAUAAACCUAGGCGACGGGACCGUCCUCCUCCUCUCUUCCUCCUCCUCGCCGUCUCCGUCUCUCUCCGGAAAGUUCUUCUGCAAUCCCCGCGCGGCUCGCGGUCUGCCGCUGCUUGCUUCCUCCAAUGGCCGCGAAUCGAUGGAUCAGGCCCGAGGUGUAUCCGCUCUUCGCGGCUGUUGGGGUCGCCGUCGGGAUCUGCGGCUUCCAGUUGGUCCGCAACAUCUGCAUCAAUCCUGAAGUCAGGGUGAACAAGGAGAACAGGGCUGCCGGAGUUCUGGAUAACUUUACUGAGGGGGAGAAGUAUGCCGAGCAUUCUCUAAGGAAGUUCGUUCGAAACAGGGCUCCGGAAAUUAUGCCUUCCAUCAACAGCUUCUUCACAAGCCCUGAUCGAAACUGAAUUCCUGUAAGGGAACCCUGAAUUCUUCUAUUCGAUGAAGUAAAACUCGAUUGACUUCAUCGUGGCUGAGGUGAUGAGAUUGUUACCUUCUCAUACAAUGGAUAUGACUGCUCGGAAAAAUAAACUUGGUGGACUUUCUGUUUGCUUUUGGGUGAUAUCAUGGAUGGGUGAACUAUUGUUGUAUAUGCAACAUGGCUUUUAUAUUCUUCUCGACGUGGAUUGGUGAA